AAGGUCCUUAUUGGGAACAAAGUGACAUUCCUGUAUUCCAUCGCUUAGAAUCAAAAUUUUUGAUCAAUAAAUCUAAGUCAGAGAACAACGCAUUCUCUGCUUUCUGGUCCGCAUGGGGGCUAUGGUAGAGACCGGGAAUGAUAGUCGGACCAAUAAGCCUAUGGAGAUGCUGAGCUCCCCCCCCAGCAAACGUUCGGGAGCCUAUCAUUUGAAUUAGCCGAGUCCGGAAGGGAGGGGGCGGGGAGUCCUCCCGCCCUUCUUAGGAGGGGCUGCAUUGCAGAGGGAGACCGAGCCCGCAGACUGUCACUGAAGAAGGUGAGGGUGUGAGAAGACAAAUUCGUCAAAGCCCCAACAGCUUCCUUUUUCUCCAGUCCAGAGCAGACCCUGAGACCCUCAAGUAUUCCAUCUUUGGAACACGCUAGUAAUUCACUGUUCGCAGGAAACAAUGAGGGACCCCGUGAGCAGCCAGUACAGCUCCUUUCUUUUCUGGAGGAUGCCCAUUCCGGAACUGGAUCUUUCUGAGCUGCAAGGCCUGGGUCUGUCCGAUACAUCCACCCACAAGAUCAAAGACAGCAGCACUGGCAAAAUGACUGGGCAAGCAAAAGCAGCACAGCAGGAGAAAAACCCUGAAGGGGACACCCUCCUUGAGUACAGCACCUUCAACUUCUGGAGAACUCCCAUUGCCAGCAUCCACUCCUUUGAACUGGACUUGCUCUAAGACCAAGACUUCUCUCACCACCUUGCCCUCAGUGUCUGCCCUUCCCACCUCCCUCCUUCCAUCCCUUACCAUUUUAAUCUUGUUCUCUUCCCCCUGUUGUGUUGGUGGUGCUGAUGAAUCUGCCUGCUGAAUUGUAUUUAUGUAUUUAUUUAUCUAUCUAUUCAUCUCUCUAUCUAAUCUACUCCAUUCCUCUCAAAAAGCCCUCCAGCUACAAAGUAGAGGCUCAAGCAAUGGAGUAUUGGGAAACAGGGACUCCACAGCAUUCUCCCCUGCCCCCCCCCCCACCAUCAGCUUCAGAAAGUCCUUAUGGGGGCACCAAGGAAUAGUAGAUAGUGCAAAAUAGAAAGCUGAUUUUUUUAAAAUUCCAUUUUAAUCAGCUUCAAAGAUUGCUCAAACCUUCCUACUUUUUUUGCUCCAGGUCAAUAAACAUAAAUAUUUCUUAAAGGGUUGACAAAAAUCUUGCAAGUUUUAAUUUGAGAUGACUUGCUACAAAACAAGAUUUCUAAAAGGAUAAGAUUUGCUUUUGAAUCCUGCUUCUUCUUGUAAUAUAUUCUUUUUCCAUACAGAAACUGGGUUACUUAAAGGUAAAACAAGAGGAAACAAUAUGUCAUGGAAAAUGAAAAGUGUUAAGUCAUCUCAGAAAGAGCUAAGAUUUUUCAAAAAGAGCAUACUUUUAGUCUAUUCACUUUACAACUUUGCUCCUAACUGGGUUGAAAACUUGCUGAGAAAAAUCAGAUUUGAAAUCUUAAGAUAUCUUGCUGACUGCUAAGAUAAUUUGUAAAGUUUGUCUUCUAAAGGGAAUAGUAUUUAGCUCUUUGUAUUUUAGUCUUGCCCACCUACAUUUGCAAUAUAUAAUAACAAUCUGUGAAUCUGAGGCCCAGUUCAACUACUUUGACCAUGAAAUGAACAACUACCGUUUGACCCUACACCUUUUCCCCACUUCUUCAACAUCAUUACUGAUUUGUGCUGCUAUUUACUUGUUUGUUUAAUAAAGACACUCAGUCCCAGGA